UCGGCUGAAACACCGGCGAGCACUCACGCGAUGGCACUUAAUCCAAAAAAUGGCGAACCUGAAGAGCCAGCAGCAUCCAAAACCCUCCCCCGACUUAGGAGGAGCGGAUGUGCUGCCACCAGCUAUUUUGAAUCUCCUUUGAGCAGCAUAAUUUCACGAUCAUCUGUUCUGAAUCGAAGCGCAGCCAGAUCCACCCUCGGUGAACAAAAUGCGCCAGCAGAAACAGACAGAUACUACGGUAUAUUGGAUAAUCUGCGAGACAGGAGUCCAAAAAAUGAUGGCAGGAAGGUGUCGUCUGUUGACAUAGCAGACGUAAAGACGACUACGUUUGAUACUCCAAGGCAAGUAACAACCCCCCAAAGAUUUGAUGUCAGUCCACCAGUGGUCAGGUCAAAAAUCUUAUCCUCCACUUUGCCAUCCUCCCAUAAAGUUUCUGGUGAGGGACCCAUGAGAAGCCCGAUGUCCGAUUCGGGGUAUGAGGAAUUCAAAGCGUUACACUCAAAGAUGAUGAACCCCGAAGGUAAAAGUACUCGAUCAUUGAAAAAUUCUCGACAACUCUCUUCUUCAUUGACUACGUUGACUACGGAUUCUCCAGAUAAGAAGUCGCAGCCUGCUAAACGAUAUAGUGCUAUGUUAACCUAUGAUGGUUCUAAAGGGAUGUUGUCAGGUGGAAGCUCUCCUUCUAGAUCUCCAGUGCAGAGCCGAUGGAAUCUAAAACAGUUCUCAAGUCCAGAUCCUACUGUCAAGUCGGCACUCACUUUUGAUUAUCCAAGAGCCGAUUCUGAACCGGAUGAAACUGAAUUAUCCAAAACUCUUGCUGACAGAGGUAGACAGGGUGUCUUUUUGCAGAAUUAUCUGCAUGGAUGUCAAAAAGAAAACAAAAAGAAUUAUGCUUAUGAUAAAGAAAAGCCCAGAUUCCUUUCAGAAUCUGAUAAAACGAAUGACUUGGAGAAAGAAGAUAACAGUGAAGUCAACAAAGCAAUUUUAAAUUCAGAUGCAAUCAAAAUUAAAAGUUUAUAUUCGUCUAGUCCUAAAGAAGAUGGCAGUGAAAUCAACAAAGCUGUUUUAAACUCGAACACAUUCAAAACUAAAAGUUUAUAUUCUUCUAGUCCAAAAGAAGACGAUAGUGAAACCAGCAAAAUGAUUCUAAACUCGAAUGCAGCUAAAACUAAAAGUUUAUAUUCAUCUAGUCCUAAAGAGGACGAUAGUGAAACCAGCAAAACGAUUUUGAACUCAAAUGCAACCAAAACUAAAAGUUUAUAUUCGUCUAGUCCUAAAGACGAUAGCGAUGGUGAAAAUUGGUGGACCAGAAAAGCAGAGAAAGAAUUACAAUUUCGAAAGCCAGAGAUCCAAAGUAAUCGACACUCUUUCGAUAACUACAAACUAGGAAGAAUUUCUCCGACUAAAUCAGAAAGUAAAGGAGAGCCCUCCCCGGGAACAGAUUUCAUAAUGGAAGAUGAUUCCGACAGUUUUAGAUCUAGAGCAUUUACUGCACCAUCUUCUAAAAACAAAAGUGUAUACGAAACUCCUUAUAAAAAUGAUACUUCUACUAAUGAUUGCUUUAAGCCAAGUAAAACCAAUCAAAAAGAGGAAAUUACCAAGAAAGUUAGCGAGGUGUCAUCUCCUGAGCUAUCUCGAACUGAUAAAAGAGUUUCCUUUGUUGAUAUAACUCCUAGUUUUGAAAAAACAGAAGGUAAACGUGAAAAUUCUUUGAAAAGAAAAGACGAACACAGUAUGCCUUAUCAAACACCAAUGCUUGGACAGGUUACUGGAUUAUUUCGAAGAAGCAUUGACACGCCCUACAAUAAAACCAUUAAUGAAUCCCCAGACAAGGAAAUAAAUGAAAGUAUUGAAACCGUUUCUAGAAAUGAUUCUUCUACAACCCAUACAGAUAAUAAACAGUCAAUCUCAAAGGAAGAAAAACUUCUGGUUGCUGAUGAUUCCAGUAACACUUUUGGAAGUAGCAACAACGUUUGGAUUGACAGUGGUCUUAGAACAGAAAGCACGCCUGUCAGAAUUUAUAAAGGAAAAGAUUUAAGCCAAUUUCCUGUGAAAAUGUAUGAAGAAUCAGAAGCCAAUUCUGGAAAUACAAAGGAUUGGCAAUUAGUUUCUAGUACCGAUGGAGAAGUCGGCAGUCCAUCAAGAAAAACAACCGAAUGGGAAAUUUGUGAAAUCCCGAAUGAAAAUGACGAUGAUCUGAUGGACCUCGAAGGGAUGUUAAACAAGUUCGCCAGCAAUCGGAAUGGUUCCACUACAACUGUCCUCAGAGAUAGAUUUUCGGAUGAGUCCAGGUUCGAAACAUUCUCAUCUGCCGAAUGUCAACAGGAGAAAAAGUCAGCCACUUUUGUCUAUUCUAAGAAAGAGAAGAGCAUUCCAGAAUUCCGCUCUUCUCAAGGAGAUCCCGAGCUGUCAUCGAUGGAGAAUCGAAUGGUGGCCUUUAAGAAUUCUCCAAACUUCAGAAAUAGUUUUGAUGAUGACACGGAUUGGAAAUGCACGAUGGAGGGCGACUCCAUUGGCAAAACAUUCACUCGGGACAAGGAUAUCAGGAGUUCUGUGUUCGACAACGAGGUAAACAAAGAGAACCAUGUCUACAGCGAAAUGAACUCUCAAAGUUCUGCCUUCAGAACAGAGAAGAUGCAGAGAUCUAUCAUUUUGAAGCAGAGAUCUUCAACUUCCACUGUGACCAGGAGAAUCAGGAUAGGUCAAAGAACUGUGAAGAAGACUUCUAGAUACACUCGUUUUGACACACAAGAUGAAUCCUUUGAGAAGGAAGCCAGUUCAGGGGGCCUAGUCCUGCAGACGCAACCCCAACGGCGCGAGUCCUUCCUCUACAGACCGGACAACGAGUUCGACCUCUCUCCAGUCUCCCGGCACUCCUCCAUAGGAAGCAGCGAAUAUUGCGAAGACUUAAUUGUUACUCCAUUCGCACAAAUCUUAGCCAGUUUGAAGACUGUCCGAAACAAUUAUGUCUCCCUCACAGAAGCUUCAGAAAGAGCAGGUCGGCGGCUCUCAAAUUCGAACAGCACCACUUCUCCAAAACAGAUCUCAGAUGAAGAGUACGGCAAGCUGGCCAGCGAAACACUGGCCGAACUGGACUGGUGCCUCGACCAGCUGGAAAACAUUCACUCCCAUAGAUCUGUUGGAGACAUGGCGUCUAGCAAAUUCAAACGGAUGCUUAAUCGGGAGUUGAGCAAUUUUUCGGAUUCGAAGUCUGGAAAUCAAGUAUCCGAAUAUAUCUGUAACACCUUCUUAGAUAAACAGACGGAGUUGGACCUCCCCGCCCUCUGCGUGGACGAAGGGAAGGGAGGCAGUCCCCUCUCGCAGAUCUCCGGGGUGAAGAAGCCCCUCUGCCACACCAACAGCCUCACCCAGCUGCCCAAGUAUGGAGUCGAGUCAGAUAACGAAAUGGAACUUGGAAAGCUGUUGGAGGAUACGGGCAAAUGGGGACUCGACGUCUUCAGGUUGGAUACCUUCUCCAAUCAAAGGCCGCUCACCGCCGUCGCUUAUCAGAUAUUCAGGGAGCGAGACCUGCUGAAGACGUUCAAGAUUCCUUCUAAGACGCUCCUCAACUACCUGAUGACACUGGAGGACCACUAUCUGAAGGUGCCCUACCACAACAGGAUACACGCCUGCGAUGUCACGCAGUCCGUGCAUGUUCUGUUGUCCUCACCAGCCCUCGAAAAUGUGUUCACCGAUUUGGAAAUCCUUGCCACUCUGUUUGCAGCAGCAGUACAUGAUGUUGACCAUCCCGGAGUUACCAACCAGUACUUGGUAAACUCCAGUUCUGAGCUGGCCCUCAUGUACAACGACUUGUCUAUCCUGGAGAAUCAUUCGCUCGCCGUCGGUUUCAAACUACUGCAAGACGAGAGCUGCGACAUCUUUCACAAUCUCAAUAAGAAGCAGCGGCAAUCUCUACGCAAAAUGGCCAUUGAUCUGGUGUUGGCGACGGACAUGUCAAAACACAUGUCUUUGCUGGCAGACAUGAAGACGAUGGUGGAAACUAUGAAAGUGGCGGGAUCUGGAGUUCUUCUCCUUGACAACUACACAGAGAGGAUACAGGUGCUACAAAACAUGAUUCACUGCGCCGACUUAAGCAAUCCGACGAAACCUCUGGAGAUCUACAAGACGUGGGUAGAGCUCAUCAUGGAAGAAUUUUUCGAACAGGGUGACCGGGAGAGGGCGGAAGGAUUGGAAAUCAGCCCCAUGUGUGACAGGCACAAUGCCACAAUUGAAAAAUCACAGGUGGGAUUCAUCGAUUACAUUGUGCAUCCUCUUUGGGAGACGUGGGCAGAUCUUGUGCACCCUGAUGCUCAGGAAAUACUGGACACUUUAGAAGAAAACAGGGACUACUAUCAAAAUCUUAUCCCUAUCAGUCCUACUACGAAGGAUGCACCGAAUUCUCAGCUGGCAGCUGCAGCUGAAAAAAUCCAAUUCCACAUCACUUCCGAAGACGAUGACCAGACACAGCCCGACAGCUGAGGAUGGUCAUUGCACCUUCAAAAACAAUUGUCUGUGAAUCGAGCUGCGAAAGGAGACAUUUGGCGACCCCCCUUCCAGCAAUGGCCAAAAGUUUUUGUUUAGCGAUAAACAUGAAACCCAUCGCCUACUGCACCCAUGCAUUGCAAUUAGUGGGCUUUGUAUAGGAAUAGACGAGAUAGUUUAUUUAACAAGAUUUCAUCGAUGUAUCUAGUUUGCAGAUUCUCCAGAGACAAGACUAUAUUUUAUGUCUGAAAUUGGUUGCAGACAUAAAGAGUUAUUUGAAUCGAUCCAAAGAAGGCGGCCAAAGCUACAGGAUCAAUUCAUUUGACAAACUAAUUGUGUUGGAGUCUAGAAAUCUCCUGACUCAUUAUCUACCUGAUCUAACUGAUGAUAUAAUUUGAAUUCAAAUUUCAGAGUUUAGCUACAGUACAAUGGACUUCCUGAUUGUGGAGUGAAAUUCUAGCUGAAUACGACAUAUGAUUGCUUUUCCUCACCAUAUAACGAAUUAUAAACAUCUCUUUUUGAAUUUUGAUCUCCAUAUUUGCUGGAAAUAAUCAUAUGAGCGGUAAUUAAAGCGUUGAAACAUUAUAACAAAAACUAAAACUUUCUUACGAAGCAUUUGAUCCAAAAAUCAAGAAUUUAACCUGAAAUUUCAUUUGAUGGGGAAAGAUAUGUCGUAAGAAAUACAUGAAUAUGGAUAGUCUCUGAAUUCAUCAUCUGAAACACAUAAAACAAACAUGUGUAAAGUAAUGUAUUUCAUUUCAUCGCUUCUCUCAAACGACUUAAAGAUUGUUUUCCCAAAUAGACAUUGCUAUUGGAUCAAUUUGCAAAUUAAUCAGAAAAAUUCAGAAUCAUGGAAUGCUCUUAUAUAUUAUAUAGUUUUAUUUGAAUGAUACAAUUUUAUUCAAAACAUUUUUGUAAACAUUAAUGCAUUUAAAAUAUUAAUGUUAAUUCAAAAAAUUUAUUAUUUUUAACCUUAAGUUCGUACAAGCGUGAAAUUUACUAAUACGAGGUGUGCAAAAAACCGACCCUUGAUUUUAAGAGAGUAAACUUUGACAAAAAAUAGAACGACAUAAACAUUCAUUUUAAUUAUAUAGAUUGGUUCUAAUGAGCUGGCGAAAUAUAUUCACUAUCAGACAGAUUAAGGGAUUUUUGGACAAAGGAUAGGUAUUAUACAGAGAAAGGAUCAAGAAUAAAUAAUGGGAUGAUACGAAAUACGACAAUGUGAAAUUUGAUGAAUUUUUUCCUUCUUCUCAUUAUUGAUACAUUUUUAUUCUUGUGUAGUGAAGGAAUAAAAUGUAGCUGAAUAUUGUAAAUCUUAAUUUACUUCCGUUCUUCUAACUUAUCAAAAUUAUCCCAUCUGAUAUCAUAUGAUUCGCACAUUUUUCACAUCAAGACAGAGCCAAAACAUACCAUUAUUGAGGUUUUUGGCGACUUUGAUUGGAAUUAUAAAAUUUCGAUUUGGCUCAUAGAAGGAUAAUAAGCCAAAAUGUCCCUUUUUUUAUUACAAAUGUGUAUUCCCAAAAUAGUAUUGAGUAACUUCAUCAAUACCUUUCCUAUAUAUGCAUAAAUUUCAAAUUUCAGUUUAAAUGCAAGCUGCUUUUAACCUACCCAGAACAUUGUUAUUUUGCUUCUUUGUAAAAUUCAGGACGAAACAGUUUGAGCGGUAAAUAUAAAUUUCAUUGGUGUUAUUCUCUAGUUAGUGGAAUCACAACUAACUGUUCUGAAGUGAAAUAAGUGAAAAUAUUUUGAACUAGUAGGGUUUUAGACAUAAAUUUUAACAAAAUAUUCAUAUAGCAAUUAAUUGUAUGGUAUCUCGAAAUCAAGGACUGUUUUGAACUAACCCUAAAUAACUCUACUUCUAUAUUUGAAUAUCUUGCCUUCGAAUUACCAUUUUGAUUCGGCAUAUGCGAAAAUUCAUGACCUCGACAUUCUUAAAUUUGGAUAUUAUGAAAAAAUAAUAUGCCAAACGGCAACGGAAUAGUUUUAGAUCACAAUAUUCAAUCAUCACAUUUAAUUUUGAACACCUAAAUAUUUAGCCGGAAUUUUCACUGUAUCACUUAAAUAUUCAAGUACCUACUUAUGAUUCAGAAUGCAAAGGAUAAAGGAUAUAACUUACCGAGAAAACUCGCCUGAAAAUCCAAGUAUGAAAAUUUUUAAGUUUGUUUAAUCUCUUCCUUUAUAAAUAUAAAUGAUAUAUUCAAUAGAAUACUUGUUCUUCUAAAGUAUUUUGCAUUAUUCUAUUGUUUUCAAUUAUAACUUCAAAGAUGAUUCAAUUUUAAUUCAAAAAUACUAUUAUUUGAUGUAAUUUCUGAUUUAUCUAAAAUUGACAAGAGAUUCGAAAGGUUGUUUUGUGCAUCUUUCUGAAUGUUUCUGUGGCAACUUAAUUAUUUUUUGAAUUGAAUCCUUAGAUUGACAUUAAAAGCAUAAUUUUCGCUUGUGAUAUUUGCAUAUUCUAAACCUAUACAUUAUAAAUGAUCUGCAGUCAUAAAAUAUUCAAAAUAGCUUUCUUUCCUUUUCUCACUGAAUUUUAAAUUCUCUUUGUAAUAUUGAAACAGAUUAAAUGAUAGUUUAUUGAUAUUAUUUUCGUAUAAAAAUGUGAUAAAAUCAAUGACAGAAUCAUAAACGGCUACAUUCGAUUAUUUACUUUAGCAUUUUACAGUAUGCUCCAAUGCAACUGGGUAAAAAUGUUUUGCAUUACAUGCAUUUCAGUUUUGGAAAUCAUUUUGAUGAAGAAUUUUCAACAUAUUAUGAGAAUUAUACUAAAGUAAUCUGAUUUCAAUUUUAUUCCUUAACAUGCUUUAUUAAAAUCCGAGUUACAUAUUCCUUUCAAAUUAACCUUUGUACUUGGAUGUCUCCUCUCAGGCAACAUGUAAGAAGGUGUAUCAUUUUGAUGUUUUAUUUAUUUCUUAUUUAACUGUUAAAAAGGCCUACAGAAUAAUAAGAAGAUAUAGAUAAAUUCUUGCAUUAGGUGAAUAAUUAUGCUUCGAAUUAUUUUUUAGAGGGCAAAGGGUUAAAAUUAGAAGAAAGUUAAUUUUGGAAAACUUGAAUUAAGUAGUUGACCAUACACUUUUUUACAUACUUAUAUAAAUUCUGAAUUUUCUAAUUAAAACUGACAACUUAAGUCUCUAUAAACGGUCUUAUUAUCUUAUUCCUGUUAUAAGCUUAUUGAAGGAUGCGAAUUUUUUAAAAAUAAUUUGUAUAAAGACAUUUAAGAAUUGAAAUCGAAUUGAAAUAUUCACUACGAUUGCCUCAUAUGGCGAAACAAAAUUUGAAAAUAAAUGAUGAACCCACUUUAGCAAUAUUUUAUGAUUCGUACUGGGUCAUUUGCUAAAAUAUAAUGUACCACCUGUAUAUUUAAUUAUUCGGUAUUUGAUACAUUUCAUCAGUUCCGAUGAAUCACUUCCUGGGGAUUCAUACGAUUCAUCAGUUCCUGAUGGAUUAAUAAAUAAAUAAUGAACUGCUUGAUACUUUUGUUCUCGAAAUUUUGACUUAUACUCAAAAAUUGUCUCGAAAGUCCAAUUAGUUUUUAAAAAACUGGACUUUUAAAAUUAGCUAAAGAAAAAAAAAAUGUUAAAUCGAAGUUAAGAAAUCAUAAAUGCAGAGAGUAUUAUUUAUGAAAUAGUAUAGCUUCGAGAAGAAUAUUUUUUUAAAAAAAUAAUAUUUGAUAUAAUAGAACAGAAGACAGGCAGUACUUGUUUAACCCUUUCUAGAGCCGUGGGAAGUAUGCUUCCCACCAAAUUUAUCAAUAUAGGUAUGAAAUUUUGUAGGUUGGCAUAAGUUCUGACAAUUUUUUUUUAGAAAGACAGAAAUUUAGAUGCUUCAGUUCUUUAUCUCAAUCAAAAUGAUGCGUCUUGAUUUGUUACUUAAUUAUUAAUUAACCAAAUUAAUUAAUUAAUGAAAUUAAAUUUAUCUAAUAAGCUAAAUGAAUCCCUUUUCUUAUUCUCAUUUCAAGCCUAAAAAUAUUUUAACAUAAUAUGAUUAGAUAAAAAUGGCCCUUUAAAGGGCUAAAUGGAAAAAAGAUUCAGUUCUUAAAUCCUGGUGAAUAAUAUUUUAUCAUUUGUUCUGCUGCAUGAAGAAACAUAUUUUAAACUUUGAAGCUAGGAUUUCACCCCACCAUGAUCGUUAUACGGGAAUUUAAGUAUUCCAAAAUAUUUAACACAAGAGGAAUACAUUUCCACAAUGAGAAAUGCUUCAAAACUUGGAAUCGUUCAUUCUUCCAAGAUGUUCAUGUCUCUAUAUGGCGAUAUAUGUGUUAUAUAUGUGUGCAUGUAAACUACAAUACUCUACCCCUUCCACUAGAGCAAUAACAUAGAUCAUCGCAAUAACUGAUCGUCCAUACUGUGAAAAUGCAAUUAUAUAUUGUUCCUCGUUGCAAAUUUUUUAUGUCUAUUUUUAAUUAAGUACAUUUGCAAACUUUUUUCAUCGUUGACGUUUCAUGAAUCUAGGUUUUUGUGUUUCGUAACAAUUCAAGAGUACGGUAAUGAUUUUUAUGCAUGUAUGUACAUAGAAAAAAAAUGAAUAAUUUAUAUGUUGUUUAUGAACCAAAGACUUGUUUCUUAAUAUAUUUAGACGAUGUAUGAAUAUUAUAUAUUUGUAUAGAAAUGUAUUUUUAAAUAGUUCUAGUCUUACUUUUCCCGCCUUUUUUUUUCUGUAUGCAUGUUUUACAUCGUUCAUUUAUCAGAAUGCAGAAAUAAAACAAUUUAGAACACUUCGUAA